AGCAGGCGAGGUGGGCAUCAUUUGGAGGAAGUGGAGAGUGGGGAGUAUUUAAAUGUGUGGAAAGACAGGAGAACCCAUCAUGGAUAAAAGAAACAGCAUGAAAACAAAGGAACAAGUUCUGGACAGAAAGAGCUUUAUGGGAGCGGAGAGUAUUUUGCUUGGAUCGGCCUGAACCAAGAGGACUACUUCUGAAUAAGUGGGGUGAUAAAACAUGGAGGCUGGGUCAGUGGUUCGCGCCAUCUUUGACUUCUGCCCUAGUGUGUCAGAAGAACUGCCCCUCUUUGUGGGGGAUGUUAUUGAGGUGUUGGCAGUGGUGGAUGAAUUUUGGCUUCUAGGAAAGAAAGAGGAUGUUACAGGACAGUUCCCCAGUAGUUUUGUGGAAAUUGUGACCAUUCCCAGCCUAAAACAAGGAGAGAGGCUGUUUGUCUGUAUCUGUGAAUUCACAUCCCAAGAAUUGAACAGUCUUCCCCUCUAUCGAGGUGACCUCGUGAUUCUCGAUGACGCUCCCACUGCCGGCUGGCUGCAAGGCCGAAGCUGCUGGGGUGCCCGGGGCUUCUUCCCAUCCUCGUGUGUUCGGGAGCUCUGCCUGUCCUCCCAGAGCCGGCAGUGGCACUCGCAGAGUGCCCUGCUGCAGAUUCCCGACUAUUCAAUGGGACAGGCCCGGGCGCUGAUGGGGCUCUCUGCCCAGUUGGAUGAGGAGCUGGACUUCAGAGAAGGGGAUGUGAUUACCAUUAUCGGAGUUCCUGAACCAGGCUGGUUUGAAGGGGAACUAGAGGGUCGAAGAGGCAUUUUCCCCGAAGGCUUUGUAGAACUUUUGGGGCCCCUGAGGACUGUGGAUGAGUCGGUGAGGUCUGGAAAUCAUGAUGACUGCAUGGAAAAUGGUGAAGUAGACACCCCUACAGGAGAAGAGGAGAGAGGGCCGGAAGAGGAGGACGAGCAGCCAGGGACCUACGGAAUCGCCCUCUACAGGUUCCAAGCCCUGGAGCCGAAUGAGUUGGAUUUUGAGGUAGGCGAUAAGAUCCGAAUUCUGGGAACCCUGGAAGAUGGCUGGCUGGAAGGAUCACUGAAGGGCAGGACAGGCAUCUUUCCUUACCGGUUUGUAAAUUUAUGUCCUAAAACAAAGGUGGAGGAAACUGUGGUCCUGCCACAGGAAAGCAGCCUUCGCAGGGUCCCUGAAACGUCUUUGGAUCGCUCAGAGAACUCCUUAGUACUGGGAGAAGAAGAACAUGAAUCUCAUGAGUAUGAAGAAGAGAAGUCCAACUGUAUUAUUUCUGAAACAUCUGCUUCUCCCCCAGAUCAUCUGACCUCUGAAUAUGAAGUAAGCACAAGCUCUCACUGGGAUGAGGGCACCUCCAGGGGGCCGCUGAGAAGCCCAGGCACAGGGCAUGGACAGCCUCUUGCCAAAGGCUCUGCCACAAAGGAUUCUUCAGAGGCCGUCAAUGGUGUUUCCUCCCAACCUCAUGUACCUUUCCACCCCCAACUGCAGAAAAACCAGUAUUAUUCUAGAGCAGGAGGGAGCCAACCGAGCUCAGGGCAGUUCUCUGACCCUUUUCCUCUAGAAGCAAGGACUCGAGACUAUUCCAGCCUCCCUUCCAGGAAAACAUACUCCCAGCCGAAAACCCUUACGAAGCGAGCCUCUCCUUUUCCUGAAGGCUCUUCUCUGUCAGCCUCUAGCGUGGUCAGGCCUAGCCAGUUGAGCCCUCAACUCCCGGGCAAGGCAAGGUGUACCAAAAAGUACCACACACUCAAAGAAAAAAAUGCUGCCCGCUUCUGUUCAGAGAUGAAGCCUGGCCUGCAAGGCAUGGCGCCCGCUGUGGAAGCUUUGGCCCUUCCACAGGGAGACGGCAACGUUGACCUGGAUUCGAAGUUGACACAACAGCUGAUAGAGUUUGAGAAGAGCUUGUCAGGCACUGAACCAGAUAAAAUUUUGCGCCACUUUUCAAUCAUGGACUUCAGCUCCGAGAAGGAUAUUGUCCGAGGUUCCUCAAAGCUAAUCACCCAGCAGGAACUGCCGGGGAGGAGAAAGGCCCUAAGGCCACCGCCACCCCGUCCAGCACCCACUUCUCCCCAUUUGCUGGUGGACCAGAACCUGAAACCCCAGCCACCCUUGGCAGUGCGGCCCUCUCGCCCAGCUCCCCUGCCUCCCUCAGCGCAGCAGAAAACGAAUGUGGUACCCCCCAAACUCCUAACCUGUAACCGUCCCACCUGUGAGACCCUAGAAAAGGAGGCCGCUGAGAAUAUUGAAAGGACUUUGGACCAAACUUCCCAGUGUCCAUUAGUAUUGGUGAGAAUUCAGGAAAUGGAACAGGACUUGGAUAUGUAUAGCAGGGCUCACGACGAGCUAAACUUAAUGUUGGAGAAGCAAGAGGAAUCCUUAAGGGCAGAGACCCUGGAGAAUCUAGCAUUCUACGAGAGCAACAUUGAAAAUUUGAAUAUGGAACUCCAGCAACUUAGAGAAAUGACGCUCCUCUCCUCUCAGUCUUCAUCUCCGGUGGCCGUUUCUGGGUCUGUGUCCACUGAAAACCCAGAGCAGAGGAUGCUGGAGAAGAGAGCCAAGGUGGUAGAAGAACUUCAUCAGACGGAACGAGACUACGUUCGGGAUCUGGAAAUGUGUAUUGAGCGGAUCAUGGUACCCCUGCAGCAGGCACAGAUACCAAACAUUGAUUUUGAGGGACUUUUUGGAAAUAUGCAGAUGGUGAUAAAGGUCUCAAAACAAUUAUUGGCCGAUCUGGAAAUCAGCGAUGCUGAUACUGAGAAGAAAUUUACUAAAAACACUGUAUGUGUAUAUUUUAAAGGACCUGUGUUUCUUGAUCACCGGGAUGAGCUUGAGGGAACAUACAGGGCUUACUGCCAGAACCACGAUGAGGCCACCUCACUGCUGGAAAUCUAUGAGAAGGAUGAGAGAAUCCAGAAGCAUCUUCAGGACUCCGUGGCAGAGCUUAAGAGCCUGUACAACGAAUGGGGAUGCACAAAUUAUAUUAAUCUGGGCUCCUUCCUCAUCAAACCAGUGCAGAGAGUAAUGCGUUACCCACUGCUGCUAAUGGAGUUGCUGAAUUCCACCCCAGAAUCCCACCCAGAUAAAGUGCCUCUAACCAAUGCAGUCCUUGCAGUCAAGGAAAUCAACGUUAACAUUAAUGAAUACAAACGCCGGAAGGAUCUGGUCCUCAAGUACCGGAAGGGCGAUGAAGACAGCCUCAUGGAGAAAAUUUCUAAACUGAACAUCCACUCCAUCAUCAAGAAAUCCAACCGCGUCAGCAGCCACCUGAAGCACCUCACUGGCUUUGCUCCCCAGAUAAGAGAUGAAGCAUUUGAAGAAACAGAAAAGAACUUCCGAAUGCAGGAAAGACUGAUCAAAUCUUUUAUACGAGACCUGUCUCUCUACCUGCAGCACAUCCGGGAAUCAGCCUGUGUGAAAGUGGUGGCUGCGGCGAGCAUGUGGGAUGUGUGCAUGGAGAAGGGACACAAGGACUUGGAACAGUUCGAGAAGGUGCAUCGCUACAUCAGUGACCAGCUCUUCACAAACUUUAAGGAGAGGACAGAGCGGCUGGUCAUCUCCCCCCUCAAUCAGUUACUAAGCAUGUUUACAGGGCCCCACAAGCUGGUGCAGAAGCGCUUUGACAAGCUGCUGGACUUCUACAACUGCACGGAGCGGGCGGAGAAGCUGAAGGACAAGAAGACCCUGGAGGAGCUGCAGUCGGCCCGGAACAACUACGAGGCCCUGAAUGCGCAGCUGCUGGAUGAGCUGCCCAAGUUCCAGCAGUACGCCCAGGGCCUCUUCACCAACUGUGUCCACGGCUACGCCGAGGCCCACUGCAACUUCGUGCGCCAGGCUCUGGAGCAGUUGAAGCCACUGCUUUCAUUGCUGAAAGUUGCCGGCAGAGAGGGAAACCUUAUUGCCGUCUUCCACGAGGAGCACAGCAGGGUUCUGCAGCAGCUCCAGGUUUUCACCUUCUUCCCAGAGACUCUCCCAGCUACCAAGAGGCCGUUGGAGAGGAAGACCGUGGACCGCCAGUCUGCUCGAAAGCCACUCCUGGGCCUGCCAACUUACAUGCUGCAGUCGGAAGAACUCCGGGCCUCUCUUCUGGCGAGGUAUCCCCCAGAAAAGCUCUUCCAAGCAGACCGGAACUUCAAUGCUGCUCAAGACCUGGAUGUCUCCCUUCUGGAAGGCGACCUGGUGGGCGUGAUCAAGAAAAAGGACCCCAUGGGCAGCCCGAACCGCUGGCUGAUUGACAAUGGCGUCACCAAAGGCUUCGUGUACAGCUCCUUCCUGAAGCCCUACAACGCCCGCCGCAGCCACUCCGACGCCUCUGUGGGCAGCCACUCCUCCACCGAGUCCGAGCACAGCAGCUCCUCCCCCAGGUUCCCUCGGCAGGACAGCCACAGCACCUCGACCUUCAACCCCGGCAGCAUGGCUGUGGCCUUCCCGUCGGGGCCUUGCCACAAACAGCCUCAAGAGGCAUCUUCAUUGAAGGAACUUGACCAAGCAACUCUCAGUGCUUCCUUAAACGUGGGCAGUUCAGAGAGCAGUCCUUCCAGCCGCCCUUCAGACCCGCACUCCACCUCCCAGCCCAGGCCCCGGGACUCCGCCGACGUGGCCCAAGACAUUGACCAGCCUGCGCCCACCCUGAGGAGCUACCGAAACUCCCAGCAUCCAGAGAUGGCUGGCUGCUCCGUCCCAGGGCGAAACGGGCAGGAGAAAGACCUCGUAAAAGGAUGUGCAAGAACAGCGCAGUCUCUGGAAGAUAAAAACGAAGAGCUGGAGAGCAGUGAGGCAUUGGGCAACCAGGUCUAUUUUGCUGUCUAUACCUUCAAGGCCCGGAACCCAAAUGAGCUGAGUGUAUCAGCCAACCAGAGACUCACGAUCCUGGACUUUAAAGAUGUCACAGGAAAUACAGAAUGGUGGUUAGCCGAAGUGAAUGGGAAGAAGGGCUAUGUUCCAUCCAAUUAUAUUCGCAAAGCUGAGUACACCUGAACCUGUUCUGCUUCCCACUCAGCCUUGCUGCCCUCGCUUCCUUCUGCUGGAGGUUCUGGAGGUCCCGAGAGGGCACCGCUCGGGAGGCACAGGCCCUGUCCCCAGUGCUCAACCAUGCCACCGGGGGCACAAGAUACCACUGUUCUCCUCCAUUGGGUUCGCAACCUUGAUGCUUACUAGAAUUUCUAGAAUUUGCCAUGAACCCUGGAGCUUGAAAAUAAUUCCAUGACCACGAGAAGAGCGGCAAGCCCUGAGUCAGCCUAUGGAAAUGAGAAAUUUCCAAGCAGAAGACUGUAUCUUGUGUAUGCUGGGAGCUAUGCAAUAGCAUUGGAAGAUGUUGGCAUUGGUUGUACCAUGCUCCACGAUCACCUGACAGAAAUCGACUUGGAUAAAAAGAAUUCUCCGGAAGCCCUUUUAGGCUAAGUCUCUGCCUGUGGCAAGGAGUUUGCUGAGAUUGUAUCAAUUCUGGUGUUUCAAAGCUUCACGUCUAGCACACGUUCACACCUAUGUGCCCACCCCAAUUUCCAAAAGUCCUUAAAACACUAGCGUGUGUAAUCUUUUUCUUAGUUCACUGAUUGGUUAUGCAACAUUCGACUGCUUUCUUUCUCCUUCUUAAGAGGUUUAGCGUCUUUCUUUUUCUUCGACCUUUAUCUGAAGGUUCUCUUUCUUAUAGGUGCAGUCAUCUACACCGUUCUGAGAGUUAUGUCUACUUUAUACAAUCACUGUGUGAUCAUCUCCCAGGCUCUCUCUCUGCAACCCAUAACUGAUAGAUUUUUCCAAGGAGAAUAGGGUCAGAGUUCCAACCAUUUCGUUAAAAGGAUUCACUCUGCAAUGAGCCAAAACCAGCCCAGCCCGGUGGAAGACAGGAUACCUUUCUCCUUCAUCCAACUCAGUGCUGUCCACAGGUGCAGAAAACUAACACGUGUCUUUUUUUUUUUUAAUAUGUUUUUAUUGAUUUCAGAGAGGAAGGAAGAGGGAAAGAGAGAGAGAAACAUCAAUGAUGAGAAAGAAUCAUUGAUUGGCUGCCUCCUGGGCACCGCCUAUUUGGGAUCCAACUCACAACCUGGGAAUGUACCCCAAUGGGAAUAGAACUGUGACCUCCUGAUUCAUGGGUGGACGCUCAACCACUGAGCCACACCUGCUGGCCUAACACGUGUCUUAUUUGAAUUAGGAUACUCAGUCCUGAAAGUAGGUUAUCCGAGACUUAGAAAUAGCAUUUUCUGUUUUACUCUAACCUCCAUGUUUCAGAGAUCACAGUCUAAGCCAAAAAGAUUCUAAAGUGCCUGGUUGCCCCUUUCUCCGGAAGGUGUCUGCUAACCCUCACCUGAAGACUCUCCCCAAAAUGUUCUAUUUGAGCAGGGCUCUUACUUAAGGUCUGCCCCCAUGUGAAGCCUACCUUGGAACAGAAAACUAUGAAUUUGUCUUACAAAGGGAAUUAAGAACAGUCUUACAGCCCCUGCUCCACCCAGUGCACCUUGGGCCGAACCCUCCUGAUGAAUUGGGAGACACUGGGCUCCUGAGCCCAGGCGCCUGCGGGUCGGUCAGAAGGCAGCAGCGUGAGCCCCUUGUGAAUAGUUUAUAUUUAGAGAUGUUUCUAUUGGAGUAGUUAUUUUAUAAAUAAAAGUGUUUCUAAGGACCAUGA